CUUCUUCUGCCAAUUGCCAAAAGCAAGAAAAGACGAUUCGGGUCGGAUUUAAACUUCCAGCGCCGGAAAUCCGCAAACAGAUAACUCUCAUUAGAAGAAUUGUAUAGAGCAGAAACACAGGAGCCAUGGAAGAAGGCGAAAGAAGAGAAGCAGCCAUAGCUUCCGCAGCUUCUCUGCAGCCCAAUUUCACGCCCAAGAAAAGCAGCAUCACCCCAUCCCAGCUCUCCAAAUUCCAUGAAUUGCACAAGAGGCGUUUAAAAAUAAAGGCAAAAUCGAAAACUAAAACGAAAAUCAAGGGACCUGAGGGGAAUGGGAAAUCCCAUGAGAAUGGAAGCAAUGGUAAGGAACGUGUUGGUAAAGCGUCAGGUGCCACAACAACGGUUGAGGGAUCUAGUGUUCCAUUCUCAAACGGCAGUGCCGAGGAAAAUUCCAGCGUGCAGGAAAGUGUAGCAGCCCAUCCUGUGUCAACGACGAAGCGCCAGAAGAAAUUACAUUGGGGGCUUGAUACAAAAGAAAGAUGGGAGAUGAAAGCCAACAUGUAGAGAGAAUUCCUUAUUACGAGUGUAAUGAGAGAUUUAUGUCGUGAAUUAACCCGACACUGAUUGUUGUCGAAAGGUCCCCUGUAGAAUGUCUGCCCUAUUUCUCUUUCCCCCAGAUUGCUUCGCUCGUAUGUCAUGCUGAAUAAUUGGAUGAUCAUAUAUAGGAUGUUGCAUUACAUUUUUGUGGACCCGCAGGAAGUUUUUGUACCUCAGACGAUCCACCUGUCUUUACCUUCUUAUAGCAUUACGCUCAGCCAAUAAUGAGUAGUUAAUGGGAUGCUUCUUUCUGUGACAUACGAAUUUCAAAA